AUGAGCCACUUGACCGAAUUUGGUCCCUUGCUCACCAGGGCCCGAGACGCCUUGAAUGGGACGGGGAUGGAACAUAUUCCGUUUCCACUGGCCGGCGUGUCGCCGUCAGACAUGGUGCACCGAUUCUACAAUGCCCAAUACCGCCAAGUCGAGAACUCUCAUCUGGACGAGCAACGCAAAAAGAUGUUCAAGCGCUUCUCACGACAGAUAUACUACGCCCACGACGCUGUCGCCUUGGAUAAGCCACGAGCUGCUACGGUUUCGGAUCUUCGAAGCCCCCUAGACCGCCUAUCAGAGGCUCUAGACCAUCUGUCCGAGGCUCUGAGCAUCAUGGAGAAGAUGAAAGACUUCGACGAUGCGAACCCUGUACAAUGGUGGGAGCUCUCUCCAGUGCAGAGCCCGCAGGACUGCACAUCGCCACAAAACCACUGGCUUCACUUCAAGCUUGGAAGCCUUCGACCAGGUCUGCUGCUUCUGGUGCAACUGUUGCGGUUGAUUCUGCCCGACUUCCAUGAGAGCUGGGACGAAUGUGAGGAAAGUCUGCGGAUGAAGGAGUGGCUUCUGAGUUUCGUCCUCGAUUCUGCGGCGACCCAGAAGAAGAACAUACCAAAACACGCUCCAAGGCGAAGCGAGGUCCUCGGUCUUCUCGAGCAGGCAAGGGCUCCUCUAUAG